GCCCAGUGAGUGGCGAGCCUCAGUCAGUCCGUGCACGGUACCUACGUCUUCAAGGUCCGUGUCCUUGAAGCAAGUCUCAUCUUCAAUUAUCAAACGAGCGAAUCCGCGUACAGCGCCCGCGAGCGCGCUGAUCAUCCAGUGGUGGCAAAGAAAUUCGCGAACCCUCUACCACUGAACAUCCCUUCCGGUACCUCCGGUUCCCCGCUGACACGAGCUUAGUGACCGUACGGAAGGGUGGAUAUCGACGGUGAGCCCGUGAAACGACUACGAAACAUCGAUCGCGAACAGCAACGUCGAUCGCGACGAGGAUGAGGUCCUCGUUGGUGCUGCUGUUCCUGGCAGCGAUCGUUCUAGCCGAGGGCUCGAAUCGUGUGAAGCGACAAGAAGAAGCGAAAAAGGAGGACAGCUUCGAGAAUGAGAUCUGCAAGGACAAGGAUGCUGGGGAAUGGUUCAGAUUGGUAGCAGGGGAGGGUGACAACUGUCGUGACGUGAUCCAGUGCACCAGUUCCGGUCUCCAGGCUAUCAGGUGCCCGGCAGGAUUGUACUUCGACAUUGACAAACAGACUUGCGAUUGGAAGGAUUCGGUGAACAACUGCAAGUUGAAGAAUAAAGAAAGAAAGGCGAAACCUUUGUUGUACACUGAGGAACCACUCUGUCAGGAUGGUUUCCUUGCUUGUGGAGAUGGAUCCUGUAUCGAGAGAGGACUGUUCUGUAACGGCGAGAAAGAUUGCGCCGAUGGAUCCGAUGAAAAUAUUUGUGACAUGGACAACGACCCGAACAGAGCACCUCCCUGCGACCCUGCUGUUUGCGUGCUGCCCGACUGCUUCUGUUCCGAGGACGGUACCAUGAUCCCUGGCGAUCUCCCCCCCAAGGACGUACCUCAGAUGAUCACGAUCACCUUCGACGAUGCCAUCAACAACAAUAACAUCGGCUUGUACAAGGAGAUCUUCAAUGGGAAACGCAAGAACUCGAACGGUUGCGACAUCAAGGCCACCUUCUUCGUGUCCCACAAGUACACCAACUACUCGGCCGUGCAGGAAAUGCACAGGAAAGGACACGAAAUCGCCGUUCAUUCUAUCUCUGUUUCAAGUCACAACGAUGAUGAACGCUUCUGGUCGGACGCCGGCGUGGAUGACUGGGCCAAGGAGAUGGCCGGUAUGAGGAUCAUCGCCGAGAAGUACGCCAAUUUGACAGAUAACAGCGUGGUCGGGGUGAGGGCGCCUUACCUUAGGGUCGGUGGUAAUAACCAGUUUACGAUGAUGGAGGAACAGGCCUUCCUUUACGACUCCACGAUCACCGCAGCCUUGAAUAAUCCACCGCUAUGGCCGUACACCAUGUACUUCAGGAUGCCACAUCGCUGUCAUGGCAACCUUCAACACUGCCCCACUAGGUCGCACGCCGUCUGGGAGAUGGUGAUGAACGAGUUGGAUCGUCGCGAGGACCCCCAAAACGACGAGUACCUACCUGGUUGCGCCAUGGUGGACUCCUGCAGCAACAUCCUGACCGGUGAUCAAUUCUACAACUUCCUGAACCACAACUUCGACCGGCAUUACGAGCAGAACCGUGCUCCACUGGGACUUUACUUCCACGCAGCCUGGCUGAAGAACAACCCCGAGUUCCUGGACGCCUUCCUCUACUGGAUCGACGAGAUCCUAUCAAAUCACAACGACGUGUACUUCGUGACGAUGACCCAGGUGAUCCAAUGGAUUCAAAACCCCCGCACGGUCACGGAGUCGAAGAACUUCGAACCGUGGAGGGAGAAGUGCGUGGUCGACGGACCGCCAGCCUGUUGGGUACCGCAUACUUGCAAGCUUACCUCGAAAGAGGUGCCCGGGGAGACCAUCAAUCUGCAGACCUGCGUACGCUGUCCCAAUAAUUACCCAUGGGUGAACGAUCCGACCGGUGACGGCUUCUUCUAGGCCCUAACUUGUCGCGUUCCUCCUUCUCGUCUAAGUCAAACACUCUGAUCUUGAUCUUCCUGCAACCCCAUACUCCUCUACCCCCUCUUAGCUCGUCCUGCCCAUUGGUCGGUCCAUUCUUCACGAGUUUCACGGUGGACGUGGGGUCGUCGACGACGUUUUCGUGCCUGAAACAAGGUCCAGGUUAGAGACAGUCCGAAGAAUGCGAAACAGGGUACACAUAUCGAACGCGCUUCUCUCGUCUUUCAAGGGUAGAGAAUCGAGAACGAUGUCAAGACGGAUCCGUCCAACGACGUGAUCAUCGAUCAUCCUUAUCCUGGACCGGUUCACGGACGAAAACCGUCCAUCACGUCACCAGCGAUCUGUGAUAAUGUUUCUUUGCGCCUCGAGAUUCAGCGACCAGGACGACGAACACGACGCGACAAACGACGAGACAGUGAAACGAACUACCCCCCUCCCCUCCCCCCGCACUUCAAUCCCCUACACUUUCUUAUCCCAACCACCUCGAUGACGAUCGAGGGAUUUCUCGCUGGCCUUAAAAGACCCAAACGUAAAGAAACGACGACACGGGAUCGCAACAAUGGACGGCCCGAAUUUUGUGUAAUAUAGAAACGCGUGUCCCUUUACGUGUUCCCGAAUGAUCCUUGCUGCUCGAGAGGACACGACUAAUUUAGCUGGAAGGUCGGACCGGUGUCCUGUAACCACGGGAAAAUCGAUGAUCCCUCAGCAACCGCCAAAACUCUUUCCCCCCUCCCCAUGAACGGCGGUCACCCUUAUUUUUCUAAGGGUCAGCUGAACUUAUAUAUAUAAAUAUAUAUAAAUAUUGUGUAUGUAUAUUAUUAAAGCUAAGUGAUAAUAUCAAUCUACUGUUCUCGAGCCUUUAAUAAAAGAGAAACCAGCGAAAAA